AUGUCUGGAGAUUGUCUAGCUCAGAGAAACAAUGUGGACACAGUACAAAGCGGCCUCAGCGAAGGAAUCAUCUCCAGACACGUUUUCUCAAGUCCCCCGGUAGAAGGGAGUUGUCACGAAAAGUGGAUUCAACAGGGUCAACGGGGUAAAAAGGGACAGCAACCAUACAGAAUGGCUCAAAACUUCAGCUUGCCUAGUCAGCCUUUUGUAAACUGUUUCAGAAAAUGUGUCCAAUUAUAUUGUCUCGACUUACCACAUUUCAAACACAUCGAGUGCCAUGACUUUCCACCGGCCAGCUUUUUCUCUGCGGCAUACACCGCCUUCUGA